GAAGAAACUGAGGCCUCAAGGCAGGGUCAUGCCAGACACUACUGUCUCUGCUUUGGCAGGUGGAACUGAACCACCCUCCCCGCAUAAGCCCUUAGUCCUUCCAGUGAGGAACUCCUUUUUCAGAGCCCUGUGGAAGCCUCGACUUAUUAUCAAAAGGAAGAUCCGGAAGUUCAGAGAGGUGAAGUGAUUUGUCUGAGGUCACACAGCCUGGAAAGCUGGCAGAGCUGGGAGGGUUCUAUCUAGGAAUUAGAGAAGAGGCAGGUUGGGCCCCCCUUCCCACCCCUUCGGAGUGGAGAGUCGGAUACCACCCGGAUCCUAAAGGAACAGUGAGCCCAGUGGCCCAGCUCUGAGGAUUCCUUCCAUUGUCAUCCGUUCCUUGAGCACAUAGUUGAGCCCUUGCCCAGUGCCAGGCGAACGGCUGUGUCUGGUCCCCACAGCAUCCCUGCGAGGCAGCAGUUCUGGCCCCAUUUUACCAAAGAGGAAACUGAGGCUCAGAGGAGCAAAAAGGCUUGCCGAAGCCACCCAGUGCGUGGAUUUGGACCCAGGGCCUCCUCAGCACCGCAGGCCUGCCCUGCCUCCUCUGGGCUGAGCCCCACUCUGCCUCCUGCCUGACCCCUGACCCCUCCUCCAGCCCCUCCCUGCCGCUCCUCUCUGGGCAGUGUGAAGGCCAGGAGCCUCCUCUGGGAAGCCACCCCACCCCUAGCCCCACGGGUUUCUCCUCUACCUCCAUAUUAGCUGUGUGACUUUGGUGAGUCAGCUCACCUCUCUCUGCCUCAGUUUCCCCAUUUGAAAAACAGGCCUGAUGGCAGUAUCCACAUCACAGACUUGUUCUAAGGAUCGAGUGUGGCACUAUGCGUGAUGCUCUGAGCAAUGCCAGCACGUAGUAAAUGCUCAAUAAAUGUUAGCUGUUUUAUAAUUUGUUUCAACCUGGGGAGGAAGGGAAUCACAGCCCCAUUCUCCAGAUAGGAAAACUGAGACCCAGAGAAAGGAAAUAGCAUCCACCAGACCACAGGGGGAUGUCACAGCCAGAAGGUUCCUGUGGCACAUCUCACUUUCCAGAUGGGGAAACUGUCCCCUUCCAGGACUCAGUUUUCUCAUCUGUGCAGUGGGUCUGUGCAUAUCUGGGGGGAGAUAGUUCCAUCACUUUGUACCAAUGUGGCUCCUCAGUCCUCAGCCACCCUAGGAUGGGGGUCAGAGGGAUGUAGGGGCUCUUGUUCUGUCCCCUGCGCCCUGUGGGGCUGUGCCCUGUGUUCUCUGGCCCUGAGUUAUGCCAAGUCCCCAAGGCUGGGCCUGCCUAGGAAGCUGAACCAGGCCCUGCCAGGCCUUCUGGGUGCCCUCUGGCUGCCGCCACCCAGGUCCCACCACAUCACCUGGUCCACCUGCCUCCUCUGCUCUGUGUCCUGGGCAAAUGGCUUCUCUUUUUGAGCCUCAGUUUCCUUAUCUGUGAGAUGGGGGCAGGGGUCUUUUCCUCACAGGGCUGUUGGGAAGAUGUGAUAAGCUCAUUCUCCCCAGAUGCCUGCCCAUGUCGGGCUUAUAGAAAGUGCCCAGUCCGUGGCUACGUUUACAAGGAUUGGCAGGAUUCUGACUAGCAGCAAGGGGAGCAGCAUUCCAGGCAGAGGACCCGGCUGAGCAAAGGCUGGGAGGUGGGAUGGUUUAGGGAGCACCCCAUGGGUGGGUGGGGGAAAGUGGGAGAGGACCCCCCACCUUCCAGGAUUUGGACCAGCCCUGAGGGAGGUGGGCAGGGUGUCAGUGCCGACUGCGGUGGUGUCGACCUCCCCACCCUCCAAACUUUAGAUCUCCUUUCACAGCUUCUGGAGCAGCCACCUGCCCUCCCCACCCCCACCCCUGCCAGGUGUUCCCGGAGGCCCUGGAACCAGAUGAGCCACAGUUCUAUUUGGGGACAAUUCUGCUGUUCCCGUUUCUCUCCUGUGCCCUAGUUUCAGAAACGACGUGGGUUUGGUUACCAGUUGGCCGUUGGUGGAAAGCCCUCUCCCCCACUCCGCCCCUACCUUAGAUCUGUGGGCAGUGUGGGCAAAAUCGGACUCAGUACUGCCUCUGGGAGCUGCUCCUGGCUUCUGCCCCUGGGGUCUCCAGGCAGGGAGUCGGCAGCUGGACUUCUGAUUACCUGCUGGUGAGGUCUGGGCCUUGUGCUGGGUGCUGGGGACCCCAAAGAUUCACUCUGGGAGCAGCCUACAACCUGGGGGAGCCAGACACAGACCCUGAUCGUUGCCCUACCAUGAGAGCACAGAGGCUCAGACAAAUGAAGUGACUUCCCAGCUAUGAGAGAGAGCACCAGGAUCUGAUACCAGAUGAGGCCCAGAGAGGGGAAGUGACUUGCCUAGGGUCACACAGCGGGGAGAGGUAGAGCAGGGCCUCUAGUCCGAGACCGCCGACUCUACGCCUGGUGUUCGUGCUGAGACCUCAGGCUGCUUCCCAGGUCCUCUGGGAUAGCCCCUGCCUUGCACCAGCAGGACCAUGGGCAGCAACAAGAGCAAGCCCAAAGAUGCCAGCCAGCGGCGCCGCAGCCUGGAACCUGCUGAUAACACCCAUGGCGGCUGUGGCGGCGGCGGCGGCGGCGGCGGCGGCGGGGGUGCCUUCCCCACCUCACAGACCCCCAGCAAGCCGGCCUCCGCUGAUGGACACCGGGGCCCCAGCACGGCCUUCGCCCCUGCAGCCGCUGAGCCCAAGCUGUUCGGAGGUUUCAAUUCCUCCGACACAGUCACCUCCCCGCAGAGGGCGGGGCCCCUGGCUGGCGGAGUGACCACCUUUGUGGCCCUCUAUGACUAUGAGUCGCGGACAGAGACCGACCUGUCUUUCAAGAAAGGGGAGCGGCUCCAAAUUGUCAACAACACGAGGAAGGUGGAUGUCAGCCAGACCUGGUUCACAUUCAGAUGGCUGCAAAGAGAGGGAGACUGGUGGCUGGCCCACUCACUCAGCACAGGACAGACGGGCUAUAUCCCCAGCAACUACGUCGCACCCUCCGACUCCAUCCAGGCCGAGGAGUGGUACUUUGGCAAGAUCACCAGACGGGAGUCAGAGCGGUUACUGCUCAAUGCGGAGAACCCAAGAGGGACCUUCCUAGUGCGAGAAAGUGAGACCACGAAAGGCGCCUACUGCCUCUCAGUGUCUGACUUCGACAACGCCAAGGGCCUCAACGUGAAGCACUACAAGAUCCGCAAGCUGGACAGCGGCGGCUUCUACAUCACCUCCCGCACCCAGUUCAACAGCCUGCAGCAGCUCGUGGCCUACUACUCCAAACACGCUGACGGCCUGUGCCACCGCCUCACCACUGUGUGCCCCAUGUCCAAGCCACAGACUCAGGGCCUGGCCAAGGACGCCUGGGAGAUCCCCCGGGAGUCGCUGCGGCUGGAGGUCAAGCUGGGCCAGGGCUGCUUCGGAGAGGUGUGGAUGGGGACCUGGAAUGGCACCACCAGGGUGGCCAUCAAAACUCUGAAGCCCGGCACGAUGUCUCCGGAGGCCUUCCUUCAGGAGGCCCAGGUCAUGAAGAAACUGAGGCAUGAGAAGCUGGUGCAGCUGUACGCGGUGGUGUCUGAGGAGCCCAUCUACAUCGUCACGGAGUACAUGAGCAAGGGGAGUUUGCUGGACUUUCUCAAGGGGGAGACAGGCAAGUACCUGCGGCUGCCUCAGCUGGUGGACAUGGCUGCUCAGAUCGCUUCAGGCAUGGCGUACGUGGAGCGGAUGAACUAUGUCCACCGAGACCUCCGCGCUGCCAACAUCCUGGUUGGAGAAAGCCUCGUGUGCAAAGUGGCUGACUUUGGGCUGGCUCGGCUCAUCGAAGACAAUGAGUACACAGCCCGGCAAGGUGCCAAAUUCCCCAUCAAGUGGACGGCUCCAGAAGCUGCCCUCUAUGGCCGGUUCACCAUCAAGUCAGAUGUGUGGUCCUUUGGGAUCCUGCUGACAGAGCUCACGACAAAGGGACGGGUGCCCUACCCCGGGAUGGUGAACCGCGAGGUGCUGGACCAGGUGGAGAGGGGCUACCGGAUGCCCUGCCCGCCCGAGUGUCCCGAGUCUCUGCAUGACCUCAUGUGCCAGUGCUGGCGGAAGGACCCAGAGGAGCGGCCCACCUUUGAGUACCUGCAGGCCUUCCUGGAGGACUACUUCACGUCCACCGAGCCCCAGUACCAGCCCGGAGAGAACCUAUAGGGCGUGGGCUACAGGGCCAGACUGCCUUCUUGGCUUGGAUCCUGAGCUGGGUGGCCCCUGACGUGGGGUCUUGCCUGCCUCUGCCUGUCCGCCCCCCGUUGAUCCUCUCUGUGGGGCUGAAUUGCCAGUGACGAGGCCCCUCCCUCUUUUGUGGCAUGGAAGGGCUUGGGGCCUGGGGCCGCCCUGGGGGCGGGGUCCAAGGCUGGCGCAGUGACUGUGCCCCAGCCCCUGGCCAGCCGCACACCUCCUCCCUGCGUUCCCUCCUGGAGCUCUGUGCGUCUCAGCAGGAGGAACUGGGAAGAAGGGCCGGGCUGAGGGCACCCUUUUCUUAGCCUCAACCUACUGCACGCACUGGCCCUUUCCCACUUCCACGCCACCCCAGGUCUGUCUGCAGAGCUAGCCAAAGAGCCUUUCCAAAGAGGAGUGAUGGGCCACUAGCCCUCGGCCUGCCUGCCACCCUGCUCCUUGCCAUCCAUUUCUGAAACGCCUGUUGGUGGAGGCUGCUGGGUCCAGCCCCCUCUGCUGUGGCUCCCAGGCUGGUGAGGCCUAGCUUGACUUGUUGCUGGUGGGUGGGGUGGACACCUCCCUCAAACCCUGCCCUUCUUAGACCUGAGGGAUCCUUAGAGAUCUUCAAUUCCUUGUCCCCAUACUACCCAUGGGGAAACUGAGUCCAGAGAGGGGAUAUGACUUGCCCAAGGCCACAGAGCAGUUCAGGGUUGAGGUGGGAUUGGAACCUGGUGCUCCCUCUGUCUUCCUCAGGAACCAACAGGAUUGUCCUUUGAGGCACUGUGGACAGACUGGGGCAGCCCAGGGGACAAGGGGCCUGAGGACGGGUUAGAGGUAGCAGAGAGAGUCCUGCUGCCUCUGUUUGCUCAGUGGGCUAUUGUGGGGGGAGAGAGUGGAGGUAGAUGUGGGGCUGAGCUAGAAAUGAAUGGUACAAGGGUAGGGAGGCAGGUUUCAAUCAGAAGGUGGGAGGUAUUUGACCUUUGGAGCUAGUCAAUCAUGAAAGAGAGUGAGCUCACCGGCUCUGGAGGCAAUCAAGCAGAAAUAGAAGAUCCAAAUGAUUGGGAGGCCCUGGCCUCAGGAAGGAACCCCAGGUCCUCCUUCACCCAGUUUGUCCUGUGUCAUUUCAACGCCUGGCCCCUGCUCUUCUCCCCAGUUUGGCACCUUUAACUCACGAGUACGGAAAGGAGUGCCUAGACUGGGGUGAGGAGAGAGGACUGGGGUGUCUAUUGCCACACACCAGGACUGGCUGUGUGCCCUCGGGCAGCCCCUGCUUCCUUCUCUGGGCUGCAUUGUCUGCCUCCAUUUGAGGCCAUGGCCUCUGCAACUGCUCCACUCCUGUCCAGACCCUGUGGCCUGGCAUCACGUGGUGAGCUCAGCCCAUGGCAUCAGGAGACCGUGUUUUGGCCCUUGGGCUAUGUGGUGGCUUCUCCCUGGACCUCAGUGUGUCCUUCUUAAAUGGGGCAGCCAACAGUUUGUAGGCAUCUUGCCAAGGGCCCCUGUGUGCGUGUGUGUGUGUGUGUGUGUGUGUGUGUGUGCACGUGUAUGUUCCUCCAUGUGUGUUCAUAUUUAACAUGUAAAAACGCCCUCUGCUCUGUCCCCCAGACCUGUUGUACAUUUCACCCACAGCCCCCCAUCAUAGCAAUAACGUUCCUGCUGCCAGGGGUUCUCGAGCCAGCCAGGCCCUGCCAGUGGGGAGGGAGGCCAAGUGGUGCCUGCCUAUGAAAUUUCAACUUUUCCUUUCAUACAUGUUUAUUACCCAAGUCUUCUCCUGUCCUGUCUCCGUCCCAGUCGAAUCUGGACUCACUUACCCCAGCGCGCUCCCAAAUCCCCUUCUGACUGCCCAGUGUCCUUUGUAUAAGGUGUCCUAAUACUGUCUUUUUUUUUUUUUUAAA